GAAGAAGAACUUCAACAACGGCGCUGAGCCAAAUCAGACUCUCAGAGUUUAGGCGAUUCCCCGGGCUCAAGAUUGUAACAUAAUCAAGCCUUCGUCCUCACAUUUUUAUUUUUAUUUUUAUUUUCUUAUUCAACUGGGCUCUCAACUGGGCUCUCAUAACCCCCAGGUAACCACAUCAUGUCACAAAACCCGCAGAAUGACACCUCAGUCGCCGCCAGCAGCCAGGGCAAGGCCCAGAAGUCACGAGAGCUGUUCACCUGCACCAUCAAGUCCCCGCCCCAUUCCUACGCGCGCCUAGAGAUGGUGUCGGAGACCCUCGAGCCCGUCCAGCUGGACGCGCUGCAGGUGCGGUCCUACUGCACCGCGGCCCUGCGGCAGUUCCUCGGCGACACGGGAGCUGCCGUCGCCGUGGACAUCCUCCGGGUCCGCGGCGCGGAAUGCUGGCUGCGGGUCCCGCGCCAGGACCUGGCGGCCUUCGCCGCGGCCCUCACGGCUUUCCCGGGCAUCUCGCAGGGCGGCGGGCAGGCGUCGGCCCUGCAUCUACGAGCCUGCGGCAACUGGCUGGGUGCCCUACUCGGGAAGCGGGAGCAACAGAAACUCUGGAACUCGUGAGGAGAAGAUGGAUGGAUGGAGAAGAAUUAUGGGCUUCGAUUCAAGUUCCAAGCUAUUAUUCGCCCCCGCCGGAUUUUGCUUUCGCUUUAUGACAGUUGUACCACGACUCCCCACAAGGUAUACCCGAGCAGAUCGCCAAGUCCACGCUUAUAUGCUACCAAAUGGCCGCUUAAACGCCGCGGCCCUGACUCCAAAAGAUAAUGCAACC